AUGUCAGACAAGGAUGUCCUCAUCUCCAUGGGUUUCGAGGCUGCCAGGGUAGAUUGGGCCCUCAGGGCGACGAGCAACCGUGGACUUCAACCAGCGAUGGACUUCAUUCUCGAGCACAAUGACGAUCCGAUUCCCGAACCCGGCGCCGCACCACCCGCAGGCAGUGGAUCUACGGGUGCGAGCGAGCCGAUGGACGAAGACGAAGACGAGGACACAGCUGCUAUACGUGCAGCGUAUGGAAAGGUCAGCGCCAAUGUCGCUAGUAGCCCCGACGUAGGAGAUGGGGAAGCAAAGAGUAUCAAAUGCGCCGUAUGUUCCAAGGUAUUCAAAAACACAGCAUUAGCAAAUUUCCACGCAGAGAAGAGUGGCCAUGAUCAGUUCGAAGAAUCGACAGAAGAGAUCAAACCGCUGACAGAGGAGGAGAAAAAGCAGAAGUUGGACGAGCUACGCAAGAAGAUGGCCGAGAAGCGUGCCAAGAAAGCAGUCCAGGAAGCUAAGGAGGCGCAGGCGAACGAGACAAUCCGUCGUAAAUCCGGAAAGGAUAUGGGACAGAUUAAGGAGGAUAUGCAAGCAAAGCAGAUCGCCAAAGAAGCGGAAGAGAAGCGGCUUGAAAAAGUAGCUGACGCCAAAGCGCGCGCAGCCGUCAAGGCGCAGAUAGAACAGGACAAGCGUGAGCGGGCGCGGCGAGCCGCAGAGGAGAAAGCGCGCAGGGAGGGGCGUGCUGUCGAUGCGGCCCCCACCACCGCCCCCACUGCAUCUGUUUCUGCAUCAACCGCUGGAAGUUCAGUCGCCGGAAGGGACUUCAAAGACACUCGGCUACAGAUCCGAAUGGCCAGCGGCGGCACGCCAUAUACCACGACACUACCUAGUGAUGCCACUCUCCGAGAGGUCGCGGAAUAUCUGGCUGGACAGACCCUAGCGGUGGACGUCGAGACGGUCAACUUUGCGCAGCAUUUUCCAAGGAAACAAUUCUCGCAUGCUGAUUUCUCCAGAACGUUGCGGGAGCUUGGUCUCACGCCUUCCGCUGUUCUCAUCGCGUCGUAG